GGAGAACUGGAACUGGGCUCGCCGCAGGGGGAAGCGGCGCGUGAAACCCGCCCCCUCCCCGUACCCUACUUCCGAGGGGGUGGGCGAUAGAGGGGAGGUUGGGGUUGGAGCAGCGGCGCGGGGGCCCCUCCCUCGCACCUCCCCCCACCGGACUUGGUCGCGCCCGAAGUGUAACACUUUCUCUUUGUCGGAGGAGCUCCGCUGUUUCUUGUGCUGUAGCUCCGGUUGCGGCGGCACCCGUGGCAGCCCUGGCGGACGCAGGAGCGAUGGCAGCGACCGAUAUAGCUCGCCAGGUGGGUGAAGGUUGCCGCACCGUCCCCCUGGCUGGACAUGUGGGGUUUGACAGCUUGCCCGACCAGCUGGUGAAUAAGUCAGUCAGCCAGGGCUUCUGCUUCAACAUCCUGUGCGUGGGAGAGACCGGUUUGGGCAAGUCUACCCUCAUGGACACCCUGUUCAACACCAAGUUUGAGGGGGAGCCGGCCACCCACACACAGCCGGGUGUCCAGCUUCGGUCCAAUACCUAUGACCUCCAAGAGAGCAACGUGGGGCUGAAGCUCACCAUUGUUAGCACGGUGGGCUUUGGGGACCAGAUCAACAAGGAAGACAGCUACAAGCCCAUCGUGGAGUUCAUUGACGCCCAGUUCGAGGCCUACCUGCAGGAAGAGCUGAAGAUCCGCAGGGUCCUGCACACCUACCACGACUCCCGAAUCCACGCCUGCUUGUACUUCAUCGCCCCCACGGGCCAUUCCCUGAAGUCUCUGGACCUCGUGACGAUGAAGAAGCUGGACAGUAAGGUGAACAUCAUCCCCAUCAUCGCCAAAUCAGAUGCCAUUUCGAAGAGUGAGCUAACAAAGUUCAAAAUCAAAAUCACCAGCGAACUUGUCAGCAAUGGGGUCCAGAUCUACCAAUUCCCUACAGAUGACGAGUCAGUGGCAGAGAUCAAUGGAACCAUGAACGCGCACCUGCCGUUCGCUGUCAUCGGCAGCACAGAGGAGCUGAAGAUAGGCAACAAGAUGAUGAAGGCGCGGCAGUAUCCUUGGGGCACGGUGCAGGUCGAGAACGAGGCCCACUGCGACUUCGUGAAGCUGCGGGAGAUGCUGAUCCGGGUGAACAUGGAGGACCUCCGGGAGCAGACCCACAGCCGGCAUUAUGAGCUGUACCGCCGCUGCAAGCUGGAGGAGAUGGGCUUCCAGGACACCGACCCCGACAGCAAGCCCUUCAGCUUACAGGAGACCUAUGAGGCCAAAAGGAAUGAGUUCCUGGGCGAGCUCCAGAAAAAAGAAGAGGAGAUGAGACAGAUGUUUGUCCAGAGAGUCAAAGAGAAAGAAGCUGAACUUAAAGAGGCAGAGAAAGAGCUACACGAGAAGUUUGACCGUCUGAAGAAACUACACCAGGAUGAGAAGAAGAAGCUGGAGGAUAAGAAGAAAUCCCUGGACGAUGAAGUGAACGCCUUCAAACAGAGAAAGACGGCAGCUGAGCUGCUCCAGUCCCAGGGCUCCCAAGCUGGAGGCUCACAGACUCUGAAAAGGGACAAAGAGAAGAAAAAUUAACUCUGCUGUUUGCUGCAUGCUGCAUGAGACCCAGGUCCUGAAACUUCCAAACAGGAACAAGAGAGAAGAGAGUAUAAUGCAGCCCCAUGUGCCCAACAACCCAGCCCCCAGACAACUCUCAACAUAUGGCCAGUGCCAUCUCAUCUGUUAUCCCAAACCUGCUGGAUUAUUGUAAAGCAAAAGCCGUAUCAUUUCAUCUGUCAGUACUGUAGCAGGUAUCUCUGAGAGAUAAUGACUCUUAAAAAAACCCGUAACCACACCACCACCAUGACCACACCUACAAAAUGACCAAUUCGUUAACACCACACCUCUCGUCAGUGUUCCGAAUACCCCGGGUGUCUCAUAAAUGCCUUUGACACUUGCUUCGUUUGGAUCAGGGAACAUACAGUAUUGAGAAGGCUUCUCCCCACUCCCCACUCCCCACUCCCCACUGUAGUUUAUGGUUUAAAUGGAGAGCCUGCUGCUAGUCGCCAAACUUCGGGCAGCCAGCAAAACAGCCUCCUUUCCAGCAAAUCUCCAAGAGGAAGUCCACAGAGGCUUCUGAAACGUAAGGCCCCUGAAAUUGGGCCAAAGGAAACAACCCUAAAAGAACAAUGCCAUGAUUGAUUGUCUCGCUUAAAGGCAAGUCUUGGAGCUCUGGUUAGUUGACAGGAAUUAAACUGCAGAUCUCUCUUUGGGAAGACCUUGUACUCCUAGAGUGUCUGUCCACCACCGUGGCUCUCGUGCCUCUAGCAGAGCGUCCCACGCCUUUAGGGGCUCCGCUCACGUGUUCCCCCGUUUUCAGUGAGGACCGCAGGAAAGAUGAAUCCUGGUGGGUUCGAUUUCAGUCGACUCCGGUUAGUGCACAUGGCCUGACACGAUCUGGUUCAGGUUUCCCUGAGUAAAUCAUUGUUAGUAGCCAUUACGAAAAUGAUUUCUGGCAAAACUAUAAUUAAAGCCAUGCUGUACAAGUGAGAGGCAAUUGGCAACCAGCGGGAAGCCCACCCCAAGCCCGAGUAGCUUGGCUUUUCUUGGCAGGCUUCUCCCCAGCCGACCGCAGGAGCGGUUCCACGCCAAAUAAGGGAGGGAGGCCUUGGCUCCAGGGGAUCUGAAAGCCACAGAGGCAGCCUGUCCCCUCCCCAAAGUUACUGGCCCCUCGGCCCAUGGGGGGCAUGUGUGUGUGUGCGUGCAGUAUGCGGACAGGAUACACGUAUCAAAAUAUGUCCGCCUUCCCACGCAGCCCAGAACAUAGGCCGUCGCCCUGUUGUUUAGGUCUAUCGUCCCGGGGCAAGUAGACAAAGACUAGAAUAAGGGGUGAGCGUUCGUGUGGCAUUUUAAUACUUUUCAGUAUUUUUAAUGCCUUUCUCCGGACGACAUACUCUUUUCACCUUACAACAAUCCUGUGAGGUAGAGAAGAAAGGAAUAAUCUUCAGUUUGCCAGAUGAGCGAAUGGAGGAGUGGGGGAUUUCAGAGACUUACCAAGGCUCACACAGUGAGUUAGUGGCAGAGUGGGAAGAGGAGUGCAGAACUCCUAAUUCCUGACGUAAAUGGCUAUGAGAGAGAGAGAGAGAGAGAGAGAGAGAGAGUAGAGGUGCGUGUGUGAAGAGCUGUGUGGAGGUAUUCGCUCUGAGGAAGGGACUGUACAAACAUAACGCCCGUAUGCAUGUGCUUGUAACAGCCCUCCCAGAUGUCUAAUACUAGCCUUGAUUUAAUGAGAUAAAUGUAUACCCAUAAUAGAUUGCCGUAGUUCAGGUUUUCAGGUAACCGUGGUCUGGACCCUAUUGCAGACCCCUCAACCAUCUCCAGAUACUUCUGAAACAAUCUUGCCCCAGGGUACCAGUUAGCUGACUGGGGCUGCUCAAGUCUACCUGAGGAGAAACCUCCACCUCCUCUGCUUUCCCCAUGGGACAAGGCAAUCCAUGGCCGAGAGCCUGGCGCUCUACCCAUUGGCCUGAGGCCCCCUGGAGAUUUGCUGACCGGACUCCCGUACGGUGUCUGGGUGGCAGGGGGGGCGUUAGGACCUAGUAAUUAGAAAGAGAGAAAGUAUUCUUGUGGCUGUUGGUAAUUAUUUUGCUUAGCUAAUGCCACUCUCCUGCCACUCAGAGGGGUGUGGGGGCGCGUGAGAGAGAGAGCAUGUUCCCAGAAGCCAAUGCAGUAAGACCUUAUUCUAACAUAGCUAUAUUCUCAUUUAUCCAGUAGUCAUCACGACAAUUUUCUUCUAACCUUUGUUGUUGUUGUUGUUGUUAUACAUUAAUCCAUCCAUUCA